AUGGAGCCGGUGGGAUACGAGCCGCUGCACCAUGAGGGCACGGGCGUGAAUGAGGAGGAGAAGGCGUAUGAGAGUGAGUUGGUUAGUGUGGAGGAGGCGGUGGGGAGGUUGGGUAAGGGUACGGUGUCGGCGGAUGUGGUGUUGAGGGGUUGGAAGGGGAUUCAGGAUCGCUUUGCUAUGGAGGAUGCUGCGACGAACGAGAGUCCUGGGGCAAUAUGUUGA